AUGUCUCCUUGUCAUUUCAAUGUCCCAAGCUUUGAGAACAUGAAGCAAACUGUCCAAGAGAAGUUUGGCUUGUCUCCCUGCACCUGGCAGCUUCAGGCAGCUCAAUAUCAGCUCAACAGCAAGGAUGUUAUCAUGAUCUCCCCAACUGGCUCCAGAAAAACAUUGACAUUUUGGAUUCCUCUCAUAUUUAACGCAGGUGGGAUUAUCAUUAUUGUGACACCGCUGAAUAUAUUAGGAGAGAAGAAUCAAAAGGAGGCAGAGGCAUUGGGUUUCCCCGCCAUCAAUCUGUGUAAAGAGACUGCCUCAGAUCAGGCGUUCAAGGACAUCGAGAAGCUUAAAUAUUGCAUCAUCAUGGUCAGCCCAGAACGGUUACUCAGCGACUCACAUUUUCAGGCAUUAUGGAAGUCAAAGAAGUUCACUGAGACAAGGUUCCAAACAUUCAGAGCAUCACUUUGCAUCUUUACAGUGAGCUGA